AACGGUACGCACUAAAGCCGAGCGAGGAGGGCGAUGGCGGCCGGGGAGCCGAGGGAUUUGGGCAGCUACUACUUCAGAUUCCUGCCUCAGAGAACCUUCCAGUGUCUGAGCACCCAGGAGACCACCAGCCGGCUCCGCCAGUGGUCCAUGCUGGGCAGAGUCGCGGCUCAGGCGUUCGGCUUCGACCAGACGUUCCAGGCCUAUCGCAAGGACGACUUCGUCAUGGCUUUUUUCAAAGACCCAAAUGUUAUUCCUAAUUUGAAGUUACUUUCAGAUUCUUCUGGACAAUGGAUUACAUUAGGAUCUGAAGUGAAAAAAAUUGAAGCCACAAAUGUUCCUUGUACACAGCUUUCGAUGUCAUUUUUUCAUCGGUUAUAUGAUGAAGAUAUUGUACGCGAUGAUGGACAUAUCAUUAAGUGUUUAGAUUCUUUUUGCGAUCCCUUUCCUAUAUCCGAUGAAUUACGAAAAGUUUUGCUAGUGGAAGACUCAGAAAAAUAUGAAAUAUUUAGCCAAGCUGAUAGAGAAGAGUUCCUGUUUUGUCUUUUCAAACAUCUUUGCCUUGGUGGAGCCCUUUGUCAGUACGAAGAUGUGCUUAAUCCAUAUCUGGAAACAACAAAGCUUAUCUAUAAAGAUCUAGUGAGUGUUCGAAAGAAUCCUCAAACCAAGAAAAUACAAAUUACCUCUUCCAUCUUUAAAGUGACGGCAUACGAUUCCGCUGGCAUGUGCUACCCUUCAACAAAGUCUCACGAACAGACAUUUUCUUACUUUCUUGUGGAUCCGAUCAGGCGUCAUGUUCAUGUUCUAUACCACUGUUACGGUGUGGGGGAAAUGUCUUAACAGUAUUCUCUCAGAUUAUCGAUUUUACGGUUUUUACCAAUCUUUUACUUUGACGUCAUUUUAUAGGUAAACAUCUCCUCUGCCAGUUAAUUUAAGUAAAAUGUAGAGAAGCCGCAUAGAACAGAAGGACACGGUACAAGAUGCCUGUCUUUAAAUUUGCCUGGAGUGGUAGCAUAGGGACCGAACUCCAUCCCUACCACGGUCUACACCAAUAUAGUUGUGGACAAUUUACAGAAAGAUACAAGGAACUAAAAAUCCAGUCCGUAUUUGUCGCAUUAGGAUUCAAGUAAGGCCUCGAUUUUCCACGUAUUUUAUUUUAGAAGCUAAUUAAUUUUAGCUUGAAACUGUGGCAGAAAACUGACCAUCUCUCCACUGAUCAUUAUUAUCAACUGUUAGCUUUUCAAAUUUGAGUUUCAUUUCAUUGCAUUUCUUCACUGCAUAAAGAUUUACACGUCCAGGGGUGUAAAAUGCAUAACAAUUCCUUUGCUUCGUUUGUCCCAGUUAAAAUCCUCAAUAAAAAAAGUCAUGUUCUGAAAGUAA